ACUACACGUGGUGCGCACGUCGCAGGAGCUGGCGCUGAGCUGAGGAUCAUGGCGGAGCGCAGGAAGCACAAGAAGCGGAUCCAGGAGGUGAGCGAACCCACCAAGGAUGAGAAGGCGGUGGCCAAGUACCUCCGAUUCAACUGCCCGACCAAGUCCACCAACAUGAUGGGCCACCGAGUCGACUACUUUAUCGCCUCCAAGGCCGUGGACUGUCUGCUGGACUCCAAGUGGGCCAAGGCUAAGAAGGGAGAGGAGGCGCUGUUCACCACCAGGGAGUCUGUGGUGGAUUAUUGCAACAGACUCUUAAAGAAGCAGUUCUUCCACCGGGCUCUCAAAGUGAUGAAGAAAAAACCAGAGAAAGACACCAAGAAAGAGAAGGAAAAGGAGAAAGAGAAGGAAAAGGAGAAAGAGAAGGAGAAAGAGAAAGAAAAGGAGAAAGAGAAGACCAAGAGCGACAGUGGCAAAGAGGAGGAGAAAAAAGGGAAGAAGGACAAAGAAAAGAAGAAAGAGCCGGAGACUGUUGAAACCAAGAAAGACAAAAGUGAUGACAGCCCUGGAACCCCAAAGAAGAAAAAAGAGGUGAAGAAGAAGUUUAAGCUGGAGCCUCACGACGAUCAGCUGUUUCUAGAUGGAAACGAGGUGUUUGUGUGGAUUUACGAUCCUGUUCAUUUCAAGACAUUUGCCAUGGGACUGAUACUCGUCAUUGCGGUCAUUGCAGCCACACUGUUCCCACUGUGGCCAGCAGAAAUGCGUGUAGGAGUUUACUAUCUAAGUGUUGCGGCAGGCUGCUUUGUGGCCAGUAUAUUACUUCUUGCUGUUGCCCGUUGCAUCCUCUUCCUGAUCAUCUGGGUUGUGACCGGCGGGCGCCACCACUUCUGGUUCCUCCCCAACCUGACGGCAGACGUCGGGUUCAUCGACUCGUUCCGGCCGCUCUACACUCACGAGUACAAAGGACCACGAUCUGGCAACAAAAAGGGCUCGGACAAGACGGACGAGAAGGACGGCGACGGCAACAAGGCUCAGAAGUCAGACAGCGAUGAAAAGUCAGACAGCGAGAAGAAAGACGGCGAUGAGGAGGAGGAUGAGGAAGAGGAGGAGGGCAAAGAGGCCGAGGAGAGAAAAGAAGCAGAGGGGGAUGGAACGGGGCCGGACCGCCACUCAGACACAGACAGCGACCGCCGGGAGGACGAAGGCUCGCAGCACAGCAACGGAAACGACUUUGAGAUGAUCACCAGGGAGGAGCUGGAGCAGCACACAGAGGAGGAAGAGGAGGAGGAGCAGGAGGAAGACAAGGAGACGCAAGAGAGGAAAGAAGAUGGUGAGAGUGAGACUAAACCCCAGACUGCUGAAACAUAAACUCCUUACAAUCCCAUCCCUCUCUCUGCUGUUUCUCUCUCUGCCCUUUCCUCCCUCCUGUGAUCCAGGACCUGCUACUCCGGCCUCUCUGGGCCCACUGAGGCUGAAAAGGGGCUCCAUCUCUUCUUGUUGAGAUCUUCUAAUAAAAAGUACCGAUAGACCAGUACCAGGAUAGACACAGCGGGGGAAAGUUAACGUCUACGACAGUGGGGUAGAAAGAAAAAUGUCUAAAAGAAGCCUUAUGGUGGCUCUGAUUCCUCCCACCCAAAUGUUAUUUAUGUUAAAAUGAAAACUGCCACCGAAAUGUUUGCCUGAGGAAGUUGUCAACAAAAACACACCAGACAACGAUCUGUCUUUGUCUUUGUACCUUUUUUUUCUCAUGUCAAGUUUCUUUUUGUGUAAUUUCGACUGAAAUUAUUUUAUUUAUGUUCCCUCUCUUCGUUUACAUAUUACUUUUGGAUGUGAGGUCAAAGCCAGAUCUUAAGAUACAGAUGGUUUACAAGAGCUAUCAUGCUAAACUGACCAGUAAAGGAAGAUGUGCUGGUCCCCCCACACCCGUCCACUUUCCCUCCCAAUUGUCAUCUUUGAGCUCCAUGUUGUUGGUACAGUCAACUUUAACCAGAAAACCCCUGGGCCUUUCACCUUUUUUUGUUGGUGUUUUGAUGAGAAAACAUGGCAUGACAACUAUGGCAGGAGCUCGCUUCACAUCCUUUUGAAUGCCAGCGAGUCUGAUGGCUUUCUCAGGCAGCCCUUAAUGCAAACUGACCUGCUUUGAAACCUGCACCAAGCCAGAUGGACCAAAUCCUGUAGUUUACUCGAAUGAACGUACCAAUCAACCGUGUUGUGGUCGGAUGGAGUAUUAUGAAAGCAGAGUAGCACGGCUCCUUGAGGUACUUGCCAUUUUCCGUAAGAAAUUAUUUUCUUUUUUAAAUGGCUUCUAAUCAUCAGUGCAAUCCUCUACAAAGUCCGAAGUAGUUCUAUAGGAGUUACUGUAAGCAACUGGGAGACAGCUGGCAUACUUCAUUUUCUUAAAAAAAAAGAAUGCAACAUUUGUUGUACAACUAAGGGUAGAAGAUCUUAAGUUCUCUGAUUAACUGUCCAUUUGCAAACAGAACGGGAUAUAAAGUAAACUCUAGUGCCAAACACGACUAAUAAUGAUGUUAUGCAUGCUGAUUUAUUAUGGAGAGAUGAGUGUUAAAGGGAGGGGUAUGCUUUUGUUAAUUCGUUCAUAUUGUAACCGCAGUGUCAAACUCCUCAAACACUUUUGCAUCGUUGAAAAAAUAAAGAUUUAAAAAAAUAAAAAGCACAGCACCAGGUUGUUAGUGUGUAGCUAAACAAAGAUUUUUGGUCUCAAUGAAACCGUUUAAAGGUGUUCGCACUAGACUCCCAUCCAAACCAGUUCUUUCUAGUCUUGCACAAACACAUUUGUGGAAGUAGUGGCACUGGUCCGCUGACCAGACUAGAGUUUAAGUUCCAGUCAAAGCCUAGACUCGUGGCCGUGGUCCAAACUGUUUCUUCACAUUAUUUUCCGGCUAGAAAUGUCUUUGAUGCCCUUUUUAGUCAAAGCGAGGAUUAUAUUUAUGUAAAAAAAAAAAUAGAAAUCUAUCAUUUAUAUAUGGAUUCUAUUGCUAAAUCAUAUAUAUAUAUAAAUAUAUAUACAUACAAUUAUUACCGUCUAAGAAACGAUAAAACUUUUUUUUCGUUUAAUUUUGUAUUAGGAGGUUUAAUUUUUACUACGCCGAGUUUGUAAUAUGCAUUUUUGUUUUUAUAUGAUCAUAAAUAGCAAAUUCAUUAUUUCAAUUUAACAUCUGGGAUUAGAAAACAGUGGGGACUUACAAUAUAAACACAUUUGUUUGUUCAAUUCUUUUUACAUCAUUAGCAUUGAACUUUUGGGUUUGUUGCCACAUCUGUAUUUCUCUCACUAACAAAUGGUUAAAAGAACCAGUGGCUUGUGUAACACUGCUGCUUUCCAGUCAAUCUGAUGUGGCAAAAACUCUUCUCACAGUGGAACAAUAUGUUAAUAUAUUCCACACAGCUUUCUGUACAGUCAUUUGUUUUGCCUAAAAAUGAACUCACUUAGACUGUAUUUAGUAGUUUGUUCCGUCUCCUGUAAACCCACUGAGGUUCGUAGCUCUUUGACUUUCUAACUCGCACCCUUCCAUGUUGUUUAUUUUCUUAAAUCUUCCACAAACGGGCAAAGUGCAUCUCUGUGUCCUGAGUUGCUAGUUGCUGCACUCUCAAUAUUGGCAUAACUACAAAAGAGAAAAAACCAGUGAUUUUACCAUUUGUUCUAGGCUGUUGCACAGUAUCGGUCUUUUGUAUAUUGUAGUAUUAUUACUCUGUAUGCUGCUGCUUCUCAUCGCACAUUUCUGGGGCGACUGAAAAGAGAAAUUGUAAAACAUCAAUGUUUAAUCUCUGGUAAAAAAACUGUCUCUUGAUCUUGUUGUCCACAUUUGGAUCAAUAUCAUUCUGAAAGCUGUCUCAUGCAAUAUUGGAGUAUAAUUUAAUAAAACUGGAUGUCUCGAAAUGUAUCUGUAUCUUAUCAUUGCAAUAAAAAUAUAG